CAUGGCAUAUAUAAUUGUCACUUCCGCUUCCUUUUACCAAAAAAAAUCCGCGAAAUCCCCGAAAAUUUAGGAGUCCAAAGAUUUGUCAUAUUUUCUCUAGAAAGGAAAACAGUGAUCAUGAUUUUUCUUGUAUUAGCUGUAUCCAUGGUAGUGGUAAUGACUGUUGGUUCCAGUUGUCCCAAAUACCAGGUUGCCCACCUUGCCCCAGACAACUCUACAGUUUGCUGCCUUCCAGUCAUCUUUUGUGGAGUGGAUCAUCAGGUUGUGAACUGUGCGCAGAACGGCAGUAAAGACGAGUGUAAACCGGGCAUACCCGGGAUGAGAAAUAGUUACAACAGUUCCUCGCUGGAUGAGAACAGGAAAAUGUGCUUCCUCUACAUGGAGAAGAAACAUGAUGUCUGUCCACCCGAGGACACCUUGAUAAUAGAUACUUCCAUGGCGACUGACGGUAUGGCGUGUCGGUACGAUGAGACUCAAUGUUUUUUUGGAGUUCCUGCCAGACAUUCACGGAAGGUUCGGGAAUGUGCAAAGGAUGAGGAGCUGAAUGGCUUAACUGGAGAGUGCACACCAUGUGGACCACUACGCUACAAGCCAGACUUGUGUGGAAGCUGUGUCUGGAAUGAGACUGCCUGGAGGUUGUCCCAAGAUAAAAAAAUAAGACCAGUUUCUCCAGAUGUCUCGGGAACUAUUACUGUUGAUGUUAUGGCAGAUGAUCCUACGGUUAACAUGGAAAACACUUCUGAGGAUAAUUCACCUGUUGGUAGCAAGGGUUAUGACAUUCAGAUUGAUAACAGCACUGGAUCAGUGGAGGCCAGCUCUGAAACAGCUGAAAAACAAGACAACAAUUUAGUGGCUGUUGUUGUCCCUGUGAUCCUGGUAGUGGUGAUUGUGGCUGUGGUCAUAGCCAUUUUCCUGUAUGUAAAGCGACAAAUUAAGAAGGGAGACAACCAUUCCAUGAUUGUGCGGUUUUACCAUAGAGUGCUGCCGAGGAAGGGUGCUGAGUACACCGAUGGGAUUCAGCAUGCAGCUGGCCAACAAGAUGAGGAGCUAGGAAUGGACCUGAACAGUAGACCAGAGGGGAGAGGGCAAUGCUCACGACAGGAUUCCCCAAGGUUCAACAGUACUGAUAAGCCCAGACAAAUUGUCGCACCUAUGCAAAGGGGUGCCUCCCAGGAUGACUCUUACCUGAAUGGUGAUGCCUCAAUACCGUACCAAGAUAUGUCCAUGCUUCCCUCGUCCCCUGAUGCUUGCACUGAGGAAGACCAUAACACUUCCGUUCCACUGCUUGAUAGUGGUGCAUGUGCGCAGAGUAUGGAUCAGACCAAUCAGAAGUCACCUUAGAAAACUGGCUAAUCAUGAGAACCAUUUAGAAUAGAAAUUAACUCAUUUAGAGAUUGCGGAAAAAAUUGCCUGUUAUAAGAAAUUAAGAUUGUUUUUUGAAUGAUACCUCAUGAAUACACCAAUCCGAACAUAUGUGAACACAAAGAAUUGACAAAACUGUAACGUUGGUUUGAGGAUAAUUUGGCAGGGUAAAAUGGGGCCAAUAUAUAUGAAACCUCUGUUAAAUUAGACAAAUAAAAACCAGGGUAAAUUAGGUAAUACUUUGUGUCUAAAUACGACUAGGUUCCUAAGGUGAUCACAGUUUAAAUUGUACAUAAUAGUCAAAUGUUUUACAUUGGUGAACAUGCAUCCAAUAUUUUAUUCUGAAUUUUUUUUUAUGUAACAACAUGCAUUUAUUUGUAGUCAUAAAUUAAAGAGAAGCAGCCUUUUUUUGCUAUAUCUCGUGUGCAAAAUAUGAAUUUUAAUGAUAUUAAGAUAGUAUAUUAUUUUGGCUGAAUUAUUAUAUUAAAUUAUUAUAAUGAUUUUGUUCAGGUAUUACCUAAUAUUUUGUUCAUGUGCUUUUGUUUCUUAUGGCAUGCUCAGUAGUUGUAGACUUUAGUAUUAAGUUAGUUUAUAUAAAUGUUUGAACUUACAUAUAUAGAAAUUGGUGUUUUGUGCAUGCAUUUAUUCAAUUUGAAAUCGGCUUGAACUUGUUCCAUGGACUCAGACAUUACAUAACUUUGGAUCCUGACUUCAUUUAAUUACACUGUAACAUACCGAAGUGUGUUUUGAUUUAAAAUCUACUUGAUUAUGUUCCUCGGACUCAGAUAGUUCAUCACUUUGGAUCCUGACUUUUUUUAAACACACUCUGUCGUACAUCAGAGAUUCAUUUACAAAUCUGCUUGAAUACGUAACUUGGAUUCCCACGUAUUAUCACAUUGUCUCCUGACAAGAUUUAAAGAUACAUACAGCGGUGAUUAAUUUUCAAAUCUGCCUGGACGUCAAUAUUACAACUAGUGAUGGGAAUUGGUUCCAGCUUUACAAUCGAUGAUCCGUUCCACUCAAGUAACCGAUUAUCGAUAGUACAAUCGGUUGGACCAUUUCUGACUAUACCUUAAAUGUAGUAGUAUUUGUAGUAUUUUGUACAAUAAGUUAAUAACUCAUAAUCAUUUUAAACUAAGCUUAUGUUAUACAUGUAAAUGUACCAUAUUUGAAGUAGUUGUUUUUUCUUUUAUUCAAACUCGAAUUCUUAUUCUAUUGCUUGGCAUCUAAGUUUUGAACAAGCCCUGCUAUAUAAAAAUCAGAAUUUGAGCAAGCCUGGACGACAAUUUACCAGUGCAGGGCUUGCGGGCUUCUGCUAAUUUCGACCACUGUACUAUGAGCCUAAUGGUUUGUUGACAACACCAAAUGCAAACAUAUGCAUUAAAUCAAUUACUAGUUUUAUUUAUGAAUGAUUUACUUUGGUAGGUGGGCCUGGCUUUUUUUUGUUGAAGCCGAAGUGAGUCCAUACUCUCGAUCUGGCUUUGCCCCCAGGAUAGGGAAAUAUUUUGUCUUCGAGAUGUGGCGCUUGGUCAGCCAUAUUGUUUAACGAUAAGAAAUGAACAGCUCCAAAUGUAUAAAUGAAGCAAAAGAAAAUAGGCGGUAAUGAACGGAAAGUAAAGGACGAAUCUCUAACACAGUGAUGUCCCCUGGCGAGUGGAAAACGAAGACGAAAAGCAACUCUUGUUGAACCGAUGAUCGAUUAUGACCAUUUACAAUCGAUUGUCACCGACUUCUGGGACAACCAUUCGAUUUUCAAUUAUAAUCGAUCAUCGGAACAUCACUAAUUACAACACCAUCGAUCCUGUGCAAAAAACCUAAAAUUCCCGUGCAUUCUUUUGCACACUCCUUAUUAAAACAAUGCCUUUUGCUGAGGCUUAAAGAGAACAUUUGGUUCGGUUCCCAACCCUUCCAACGAAAUAGACGCCAACCCUACUGUUUUGAUAGUUAGUUGGAUUUUUUUUUUUCGUUUAUAAGUAUGUGUUUUAAUAUGUAGUUAAGCUUUAACGCUUAAUACAGAAUAUAUAAGUCCAUUCUCCAGUGAUAACAAAGUUCUUACAUGAAGCUUAAUUAAAAAAAUGUACAUAAUUAAAACCUAUCUACCCUACCUGUUUUUGAAAAGGAUGUAACCAUUACUAAACCAUUUAUAUAUUUUUGGCUUGAAGCAUGCUGGAGAAGAAUGGAUCCUCCAUAAAAACCAAGAGUAUAGGACUUGGCGUGCAAGGCUUUCAAUGCAUGCAUUGAUGUUUUCCUUUGCUGGAAGCUAGGGUAUUUUAUUUUGUUUUUGCUUAAUGCAAGCUUUUAACCUGAAAUAUUGAUAAUAAUGUAAAGUUUUUAUUGUAUGAUUAAAGACAGAUGAAAAAAGGUAACUCACUUGCAUAAAUAAAAAUUCUUUGUAGGUCUUUUAAUUCUUUGGAUGGGGGUGGGGUCAGUUAUAUAAGGCUUAAACUAGACCUUUAACCACUGAUAAUUGUGUCUGAUCUUCCAGAAUGUGCGAUGACCACAACAUAAUGUUUACACUACCAAUCCCAUCUAUACAAAAUACUCAUAUUUUCCAAUUUCCAAUGACAUGUAAAUUGCAAUGUUCAACUAGCCACUUCCAAAAUUGCUUUUCAUUGUUCCAUCCACAAUCUCGAUUUAUUCAGAUCAAUUACUUAAAGAAUCUAGAAAGCUUUUUGAAAUGUGUAAAUGCUGUUACAAGGUGUAUUCAGAAUCAAUUCAUUAACAUUACUACAUGUAUCUGUGAUUGAUACAUUGUAUAUGGACCAAUGACUGUAUUUGACUUCGGGCUAUUUUGAAUUGAAGAUGAAUUUGUGUUUAUUUCAUUUGUAUGAACAAUUGUACAUUUAUGUUGUCCAUUUUGUAUACUUCCCUUGCAUAAUAUUAAACUAAACCAAGCAUAAUUCUUAUUUCAUACUUGAUGUCAAAAUAUAUCAUCAUUAAGUGUUAGUAAAUCACAGUAUUAUCCCAAUUUGCAUGUACUGUUUACUCAAAGAUGUAUUCUGCACUUGGGGGAUAUCAUUCUGCUCAUUUUGCGUUGCCAUUUUAUAUUGUUAUGUGAACAUCAUUUUCAUUAUUUUGUACUAACCCGAUUGUAUGACAUUGUUUAUUGUGAUACAGGAAAAGCCCAGCUGUCAAACUUUACAGCAAAUCCCUGGUAGGAGGCAUAAGGCUAGGGCUCACUGAAAAAUAUCUCAGUUACCAUUUGUUUUUAGUUCUGACAUGGAACAAUUAUCAUUCAGUAAAACAUGCAUUUAUUUAUGUAGAAUGUGUGCAUAAACAUGCAAUAUGUUACCUUUGAUGUGCUUUGUUUUUGAUGUUGUGUUUAGUGCAUAAUUCAUUGUUUCUAUGAUAUAUGUUUUAUAUAAAUCUCUUCAUUUUAAAUUUAAGUUGAAUAUGAUCUAUUUAUCAUGAUACUUGUGUAUAUAUAUAUGAUAUAAAUCACAUUGCAUUAGACAAGUACCAAAGUAGGGGUGUUUGGACAUAGUGAUUAGAAUUUUGGUCUCCCUAGAAUUGUCUUAACAGUCAAUAGGAUAAAAUUAGACCUGUUUGUGUUCUUUGGAUACCAAGAAGUAACUAGCCUUUGCUGUGUAAGAUGUUUAGAUCAUACUGGGUGUAUUCCUUUUCUGUGUUGUGGGCAUUUCCAAUAAAGUGAUUAAGAACAAUGUGCUCAAUUGCAGAACAGUUUUUUCAAUGGAGCAAUUUAGAGCAAUGUUCAUCAAUCCAGAAUACUGCUCUGCUGAAAGGAAUAUAUAAUAGAUAAUGGCUGCCUUUGUACAUAGAACACUGUUCCAAGUUGUUCCUUUGACAUUUACGUUGUUCAGAGUUCUCUGUGUACUGGAAGCAAUACGCCCUGGUUGUCGGCUAUGUUAAAUCACGUGACUAAUCCUACUGUACCUACUACUUUACUGGUUCAUUGGGCACGUGUUCUGAACAAGGUACUCUGUUCCAAGUUGUUCCUUUGACAUUUAGAUUGUUCGGAGUGCUCGUUACACUCAAAGGAAUACUCUCACUCUUACUAUAAGAGUAAGUAGAACUCUAUCUUUAAUUACUUUUUGCUAAAUAAUAAGUGUCAUUAUUCCGCUAUGAAAUUAAUUUCAAAAACUAAGUUGUUUAAAUGUUAUUCGAUGUUAUUAGGCAUGCCUGAUGUCCUUAACAAUAUCUGGUUUUGAUAUGCUAAUUUUAAGAAAUCUGUUUUUGUUUCAUCCUAUGGCCCUUCAUCCUAUGACACUUUACACGCAUUUAACACUAUACAUGUAUGUAUGUCGGGUCACGGACACUACGGAUAUCGCAUUUAAAACAUGUAUAACGUUGUUUAAGAAUUUCCUGCAACUACAUGCUCACAUUUUCAUUAUAUUGUCUGUGACUGGUAUAAGCUAUAGUGGUGUUCGUUGUUGUAUAUUAACUUUAAUUAACAUUCAUGUUGAUAUUGCUGAGUUAACAAAACACAUUUUAACCAUGCCACAAUUAAUGGUUUGUUGCCCGACUGGCUCACAAACCGUGACCAGAAAGUUGUUUAGCCUCUGAACUGGUCAAAUUAUUGUUUUCGUUUUUUAUAACAGAAUAAAGGGCUAAGGCUUUAAAAACCUACCUGCCGACUUAUCUCAAAUAUGAUCGGGUAAAUAAAAACUAUAAAAUGAGGCUUUUGCUAGUGUUUGACAUGGUCUGUUGAAAGCCAAGAUAAUUCCUAUUAAUAGAAGUUUUCAUAUUGCUAGAAUAUUGUAACAAUAGUAAACAUUGUAUUGUAACAGUAUUAAUCACUGAUCUGCAUUGUUCAAGUUUUUGUGUACAAUAAACUUGUCAUUUGUACUUGUGAUGUGCAUUUUUAUCGUCGACUUGCGCUACCUGACAAUAUUGUAUAAUUGAGCAAAUAAAUAUUUGGCA